AUAAUAAUAAUAAUAACUCCUUCGUUAAACCCUACUCUUCAGCUGCCGCCAUCCACGGCCUCGUUUCGCCACCGCGCAGCGCCAUCGCUUCACAGCUUCACCGCCGCGUCCGAUCAUCGUCCCUCAAUUCACUGAGUGUGAUUGCUCUGAAGCUUCUGCAGUGAUGGCCGAUAAGAAGCGGAAGGAGAGGGACGGAGGCAACCGCCAAAAGAAGAAAUCGAAGACCACUCAACGGAAGAAGACCGGGCCUCGUUUACCUUCAUCUUUGCAGAAAUUGGUUAACGGCUUAAACCCUGCCCCCGAGCCCAGUAGCGUCGAUUCCGACGACCAGAGCGAUUUCUAUGAGUAUGAGGAGGAACGGGCUGAGGAGGAGUCACGGAAGAACAAGCGAUACGACCCUGUAUUCGUCAAUGAUGAACUUGAUAGUGAAAUUGAGGAUGAGAUUGUGCCAUCUGACGAUGAGAAUGAGGAUGAUGAUGAUGAUUACUUUGGGACAAAGAGGAAUGCCAAUGCUCAGAGUGAUGAUGAUUCUGGAGAGGAAGAUGAUGGAAGACACGCAAGGAUGUUAGAAGGAGUUACUGGUUUGCCAAUUGAGGCUUUUGAAGAUAAUAAGAAGAUCAAGAAGAAUGCUGUUAUAACAGAGCUCUAUCCAGAGUCUGAAUAUAACCCUAGUCGUGAUGUUGUGGAUGGUGAUGGACAUGUUAGCGUUGAGGACCUUCUUAGUACUCUUCGUGAAAAACCUGAUUAUCCAAAACUUAGGAAAAGAUUUCAACAAAUUGAUAAGAAUGCUAAAUCUAUUUCUGCGCCACUUCCAAAGCCAGAUCAAGAAAGGGAAGAGAGGAAGGCAGCAUAUGAAAUAUCAAAGAAAGAUGUUACGAAGUGGCAGCACAUUAUUCAGAAAAAUAGAGAGGCACCAAGUAUUUCCUUUGGUGAAAAUGUAGAUAUAGGGUUUUCAACUGUAGGAGCAAUAGCUUCUGAAUUUGAACCUAGAACUGAUUUUGAGAAGAAAAUAGCUGCACUGGUUCAUGAUGAAAAAGUUAUGGAAGCUCAUAAAAAGGAUGGCUCUAGGCUUCUUGAAAUGAACAAGGUUUCUAUAGAAGAUGAGAAGGAUAGGCAAAAUCGGAUUGCUAAAAUGAGGAGCCUUCUUUUUCGCCAUGAAAUGAAGGCAAAGCAUAUUAAAAAGAUAAAGUCUAAGACAUUUCAUCGUUUGUUGAAGAAAGAUAGAUUGAAGGCAGAAUCUUCCCGAAUGCAAAUGGACCCCGAAGCUGCUAAGGAAUACGCUAUGAAACAGGAGCGCGAAAGGGCAGAGGAACGCAUGACCCUGAAACACAAAAACCAGAAUCGGUGGGCUAGGCGUGUUUUGGAACGUGGUUUAGAUAACCAAGAUGAAGGAACUCGUGCUGCCAUAGCUGAACAACUUCGAAGACAUGCUGAAUUGACUAGAAAAAUGCACACCAUGAAGGGUAGUAGCAGCAGCAGUGAUGAUAUGAGCGAUGAGGAUGAUGAAGAUGAGAACUCUGCUGGUUCUGAUCAGGAUAGGACUUACAAGCUUUUGGGAAAAGCGAAAGAAAAGACAAUGAAAGUGUUAGAGGAAGAGGACGAAGCUCCCAAGUCAGGAUUGCUAUCCUUACCUUUUAUGAGGCGUGGAAUGGAGAAAAGUAAAGAGGCAGCCGUUGGAGAACGCAACCUUGCUCUUCAAGAAUUUGAAGAUUCCUUGAAGAAGCUUGAUAAUUCUGGUGGCUCAGAAGAUGUAAAAGCUGCAUCUACCAGUGGCCGAAGAGUAUUCGGAGCUACUAAAGCUCAGAUAUCUGAUGCCAGUAAUAAGGUUAAGUCUGAUAAUUUUUAUGGUGGCAGUGACAGUGAGGAUGACUUAGGGCCCAUGAAUGGGGCAAGUGACCUUCUGCAGAUGGAUGUAAACACUGAUUCAGUCUUAGUUAAAGAAGACACUGAUACUCACCAGGAAUCUAUUUUUAAGAACAUUGAUGAGAUAAUUCAAAACCCUGGGCCAAAAACUACUAUUGAUGUCUCCAUAUUUGUGUCUGAUACAUGGAAAAAGGCAAAAAACAGAAAUGAUAAAGACAUAAAUACCAGGAAGUCUCCAAAGCCUGCAGAGCCUGUUAUGCAAGAUAUAAAAGAUAAUGAAAAGGAAGUGGGAGAGGAUAGUGAUACAGAUAGUGAAGGACAGAUGGUGGAUGGAAUUCUGUCUUCUGUAUCUAAGCCAUCAUAUGAACUUCCUUCUCAAGAGGAGCUCCUUCGGUUAACUUUUGCGGGGGAUGACGUAGAAGAUGAUUUUGAAAAGGAUAAGCUGGAUAUCCUAAAUGAAGAAAAUCCUGAGCCAGAAAAGCCUCUUCUACUUCCUGGCUGGGGCCAAUGGACACAUAUACAGCAAAAAAAAGGGGUACCGUCUUGGAUGCUGAAAAAACAUGAAGAUGCCCAGAAAAAAAGGGCAGAAGCUCUCAAGAAGAGGAAGGAUGCUCAGCUAAAAAAUGUGAUUAUCUCGGAGAAAUCAGAUAAGAAGGCUGAGAAACUCCAUACAAAAGUGUUGCCUUACCCUUUUACUUGCAAAGAGGUCUUUGAACAAAGCAUACGUUUGCCCAUUGGACCUGAAUCCAAUCCCGCAACUGUAAUGGGAGCUCUUACCAGACCUGAAGUGGUGAAGAGACCUGGCGUUAUUAUAAAACCAAUAGAGUUUGAGGAAGUGAACCCUCAUGAAAAAGCAGAGCGACGGAGGGGAGACAAUCACAAGUUGAAUAAAAAUAAAGGCAAUGGUGGUAAAAAGACCAAGGUCAAGGGAAAAAGUUAAUGGAGGCUUGAAGUUUUGAUUGUGACCCAGUUGUAGGAACACUCACUUUGAAGUUUGAAGGAUAAAAGAAAACGCCAAAAUUGAAAGGAAGAAAAAGAAGAGGUAAGCUGAUGCCAUUUGAGAAACAGAGGAAAAUAGAGUUCGUUAAGAGUUUGAUUAAUUUUGCAGUUAACAAAAAUGUUUAUGUUAAAAUUUAUACUUCCAAAAUGAUAUCAUAUUUAUUAUUUAAAAGGUCGUAGGGAAGGACAUGUUAUUAUGAUUUUUAUUGCUGUUAAGGCACAUGACCCUUCUAUCAUGUAUGCACUUCUCCCUCAAAUAAGUGAAGCGAAUACUUUUGGGAUCCCUUUCAAGUCCAAGCUUUGUUCUUAUGUAUUGAAGUUGGAUUUCGAUGA